AUGGUAACUACUAGAAGUCAACAGGAGAACGUAACCGAAUACCCUUUCGGGAUGCCCCGGGACACCAUCGGACGACAAAAUAAUCAGAACGAGGAUGGGAUGGAAGAAUCGUAUGUGGACCGGUCUCAGCAACCUAAUCCGUCUUCGGCCAUCGAGCAACUGAAGGCCGAAAUGAUGGAACUCAGAAGGCUCAGAGAAAAGGAUGCUCACGAACUGUCGGCCCUGAGAAGGGAAAACGCCGAGCUCAGGAGCGAUAAUCGGACGUGGCACCCGUCGCACAGUACACACAAUCACUCAACCCGAGAUCAAGGUGAGUCCUCGGGAUGGUACAAGGAGACUAAGGUCCCUCAGCCAUCGGGCGGACCAACGACAACGCAAGAUCAACAACGUCGACAGGGAAGAACGCCCUUAACUCCAGACAUCAUGGGAGCUAGAUUACCGGACAACUGGAAGAAUUUAGCUCUAGAAAGGUAUGACGGAACCAGCGACCCAGAAGAACAUCUAGACGCGUUCGUCACACAGGUCGGCCUGUACACGGAUGACGAAGCUGUCAUGUGCAAAGUUUUCCCCACUUCACUAAAAGGACCGGCGUUAAACUGGUUCACAAGACUCCCACCAAGAUCGAUUGAUUCCUUCACAACUCUAUCAUCCCGGUUCGCGAUACAAUUCGCUACGAGCCGUCCGCACCAACUCACCUCGAUCGCGUUGGUCAACAUUCGCCAAGAGAAGAAGGAACCUCUUAGAACUUUCAUGGAGAGGUUUGGAAAAAUGACACUAUCUAUUCGCGAUUUGGACCCAGCCGUUGCCAUGCAUCACUUAACCACGACAUUACGACCUGGCCCAUUCGUCAAUAGCUUGUGUAAAAAACCACCCCGAGACCUUGACGACCUGAGACAAAGAGCCACGAAAUACAUGCAGAUGGAGGAAUUGGCUGAAUUUAGAAGUCAAAACCGACCCGACUUGUUUCUCGCCAAAAAAGAAAGUGACAAGGAGCUCCCCAGACCUCGUCCCCGAGACACCACCAACCGAGAGAAGAAUAACAGAGGUCCAAGGUACAUGCAAUACACGCCGCUUAACACGAGUAGGGCCAAGGUGUUGGAGCAGGCGUUAGCCACGGAAGUACUAGCUGUUCCCCGAAGAGCCAUGACCCCGCCUCACGCCGACACAUCCAAGGCGUGUCAAUUCCACAGGAAUAGAGGACACUCUACUGAAGAGUGCUCCGCCCUUCGGGAUCGUAUUGAGGAUCUCGUUAAAGCCGGACAUCUCCAAAAUUUUGUUCGAGGAGAUAACAGGAGAAACAAUUAUCGUACAGGCAGGGAGGAGGGCCGAAGAGAGAAUCGAGAGCGAGCACCCCCCAAGAACCGAUCCCGUGAACGCAGCAGGUCUCAAGAAAGAAACAGUCAACAGCGAGACCGAAACCAACCCAGGCGAGUUAUAAACACCAUUGCGGGAGGCUUCGCAGGAGGAGGAAGUUCUUCGUCGGCCCGGAAAAGACACCUAAGGGCGAUCAAAUCGGUUAACACCAUAGGGCGGACAUCUGCCAUUCGUAUGCCCCCUAUCACAUUCACUGAUCAAGAUUUUCAAGGCGUCGACCUAGUGCAAGAUGACCCCAUGGUCAUCAGUGUGGAAAUUAACAACUGUAUUGUAAGAAAAACUCUUGUCGAUCAGGGAAGCUCGGCUGACAUCUUAUACUGGAAGACUUUCGAACAGCUCGGCAUCCCCGAACAGGAAUUGACGCCUUACGAUGAACCUUUGGUGGGAUUCUCAGGUGAACGAGUGGACACAAGGGGAACAAUAGAUCUGUACACCUAUUUCGGAGACGACCAGCAGAGACGAAGGAUAAAAAUACGGUACGUUGUGGUGAGUGCUAACACGUCGUAUAAUAUCCUCUUAGGUCGACCUUCCCUGAACAGGCUUAGAGCCAUCGUCUCUACCCCUUCUUGGCAAUGA